AAUUAUUGGGCAAGGCAAAGUUAUGGGAAAGCAACUCUCUCUCUCUCUUUCUCUCUCUCUUUUUCUUUGUACCACUCUCCAGCCAACAAGAAGAAAGCCCCCGUUGCUAACUGGAAUUUGAUUUGAAAGAGCGAAAGCAACGUAAGAAUUGAAGUGACCCAUGUAGUGUGUGCUCUCUCUUUUUCAUAAAAGCUCAAAUAUCUGCCUCUCUCUGUCUCUGCGACAUAGGGGUGUGCGUGUUUUUGUGUGUUUUUAGAGGUAGUUGCCGGUGAAGAUGCCGAGGCCAGGGCCGAGACCUUAUGAGUGCGUGAGGAGAGCUUGGCACAGCGAUAGGCACCAACCCAUGAGAGGUUCCAUCAUUCAACAAAUUUUCAGGGUCGCUAAUGAGACUCACAGUGCCGCUACUAAAAAGAACAAGGAAUGGCAAGAGAAGCUUCCUAUUGUGGUCUUGAAAGCUGAGGAAAUCAUGUACUCCAAAGCCAACUCUGAGGCUGAGUAUAUGAACCCAGAAACAUUGUGGGAUCGUGUGAAUGAUGCCAUUAACACAAUUAUUCGAAGAGAUGAGAGCAGUGAAACCGGAGAGCUUUUGCCUCCUUGUAUUGAAGCUGCCCUCAAUCUGGGCUGCAUUCCAGUUAGAGCUUCAAGGAGCCAGCGGCACAGUAACCCCAGGAGUUACCUCAGCCCAAGAGUGCAAGAACCUGUAUCUGCACCCCUUAGAGUUAUGGAAAAAACUAAUAAUAAACAAUGCCCUCAGUCAGCACCACUUCAGUCCAGCAGUCAGUUGAAUUUUGCAAGAACCACCAUCGCUGUAAAUUCAACGUUCCCAGUUUCAGAAUGUAACCAUCAUUUGACUGAGGCAAGUAAUGUGGCGUCUCCUUGCAGUUAUCCUCAACUGUAUGAGAACAUUUCUGCUGGCUGUAGUCAGUUUAUCACUAGGGACACUAACAAGCAACCGAACCUGGGUUCAGUUUAUCCUUUGUAUUAUGGAAAUAACUAUCACAAUGAACGGCCCCAUUUAGUUUCCCAACUCAUAGAGAGGAGUCCCAACAUUAUAUAUGUUGGUAAUCCUAUCAGCUCAUUAGUCACAGAAUCUGCUAAAAUGGAUGUUUUGCAGAACCUUUUCUCAUGUCCUAGUGCUCAAAUUGCUGCUGAGAAUAUCUCACAAGGAGAUUUUCGGAUUACUCAUGAGAAGUCACCUGGCACACAAUGUGAUUUGUCUUUAAGGUUGGGUCUAUAUACUGACCCCGGUAUGAGCAUGGAAAGAAGUUCAGCUCAAGAAACUGAGGUCCCUGUUUCAAGCAGUUCUCAAGACAGGGACAGGCUCAGUGUUUUUUCUCCACAAAAAGACAAAGAGUUGUGUCCUCCUAUUACAAAUGCUAAUGAUCCUUUUGGGACCUGUCCAAUUAAGUGGUUUUCAGUGGGUGAAGUUCAUCAGAAUUUGGACACAACUAUGAGAAAGCGGAAGGCACCCUUCAAUGAGGAUGUGGACGAUGGACAAUUUUGCUGGCAACCUGAGUUUCCUUCUAACCAGUUCCUUGGUCGGAUAGAAAAGCCAGGGUGAAGGACAAUGUGUAGGAGCGGUUGAGGCUCAUUUUCCCAGUGUUGCCUUUCACUUUGGUCUCCACUGUUUUAUUUGCAAUCUUACAUUUGCGGGUGACAGCUUUAUGAUGUGAAUAGAUUGUUCUGUUCUAUAUAUGUAUAUAUAUACAUAUGGGCUUUAUGGGAUAAUUGUUUAAUUGAAGUGGAGACUCGGAGCAAGUUUGUCUGUGUUGUGCCCUUCUGUGAACAAAAUUGGGUUCUAUAUGGCAGCUUAUCAAGUAAACUAAGGGAAAAAAUAGCCUCCCUUGAGAAGCUGCGUGUUUUAAGAAUCAGCUUUUGUGCACAGGGUGUGCAAUGCAGAGCCAAAAUGGAUCCUCAGGAUGUUGAUAGGGAUAUUCUGAAGAGCAAUUGGAAUUCAGAAAGUACCAUGUGACACAGAGAGUGUACAUUGUGAGAAUGUGGAGGAAUUAAGAAUGAUUUUCCUGCUAUUUCUUGAUAAUUAUCCUUGAUUGGAAAUGGUGCAGGACGUUGCUGUAGGUAAGAUAGCUGUCAUCAGGAGCCUGUUUAUAAGUGUGCUUUGCUGUGUGAUUGGUGUUUUAAGUUAGAAUAGCUAAUUUGAGAAGCUCUAAGUAGGGUUAUUGUUAUCAGUAGGAUGGAGGAAUAGUUUGUGUUGUAAGAGCAGGCAUAAUUCCUUUUGGUUGUGUUCCAAGUUGGAAGUACUCUUUCAAAUCUUGUCUGAGGCUUUGUCUGUUUGACGGAAAAUCAUCGAUAUGUCUUAAAAAUUAACUUAUUUUCUACUGUUUGAUUGUAAUGAUAGAAAGUUUAAUGGCGUUGAUAAGAUUUCCAAAAUUUUA